UUGAUUUUUUUGUGCGAACUUUUACAAGUAACAUGGCCAGUGUGUAUCUAUGUAUAGACAACUCACUCAGUGUUAGAUCAGCGUUGCAUAAGUUAAGUCAUUUUAAACCACAUUUAUAUUCAGGAAUAAUACAGACGCCAGAUAACAGUGCAAUAUUAUUGAGGACCUGAUGUUAUGUCCUCUAAUAUGAGUUCAAGAAAAGCAGGUUAUUCUCUAAAGCCUUCACUCGCCCCUUGAAGGAAACGGCUCUGGUUUUCGUUUCUCCAUUAUUCAAAGAGAUGACGUCACAUCCUUUCGAAAGCAAAACUUUUGUUAUCCGGAGGGUCUCUUGACUCAAAUAUUUUCAAGUUACUUAACCAUAACAGGAUUUUGUCUUCAUCUUCCUGGUUUCCAUCGAGCCCUCAGAAUUGAACUCUUACUCACAGGUAGCACAUGAAUACAUUGAAUAGCGUUUUUUUAUAUCUGUUUUCGUUAAUAAAUGUGGCGUUUGGAGGCAAGAUGGUACGAGGUACCAGUAGUGGUCGGUCGUCACUUAUUUGCAAUAUAAAUUCAAGAAGAAAAGAAACGACCAUUUAUAUUUUGAACCGGCGAUGAUAUAACUCGUACCUUAGUCGUCAGUCAUUGGUCACUCCAAAAACAAAUAGGAUUUUGGGGAAUGAACACCAACGGUUGUUAGCGUUAUAUUUGAGUAAAUUUUCUUCAGAUAUAAACACCAUUAUACUUAGUGUAAAUCAGGACAAUUGAAUCUUGGUUGAUUUACAUAUUUUUACUAUAAUGAACAUUAUUAUUCAGCAUUUCUUUGGAAUAUAUUAUGAAUCGUGAUGGGAACAGCCUUGUUGGUUUAACAAGAAUUUUAUUUCUAACUUGACUGAGUUCCUCAGUCGUGUGACACAACCACAUAAGAGAACAGAAGAACUAUCACUUUGGUAAGUGAGGCAUCUCCCUCCUGGAAACAGUUUUAGUCAGGUCUAGUUUCUAAGUUGUCUGCAGGGGUAAGGGAAAGCAGGUCCUCCCCGGGACUAUAAUGGGGACUGGUGUAUGUUGCGUCCAGCAACAUCUAUAAUACGUAGUCUCGUCUUUGUGACUCCCCGCAGCCAUUAUCCGUUAGAAGCUAUGUUUCUUGGCCAAAGCUGUGAAUGAAUGCCUGGUGGUUAAUCCACUGCAGUUGGUCGCGACCAGGCAGAAGGCGGGCAUGGGAUCAACAGUCUCAUCCUAGAAAACUUGUUAAAAACAACGUCCCUUUCUCGACCAUCUUGUACAUAACUUCCCCAAACCUCCCAGCUGUAGAAUUUUCAAUUACGGCCGUAAAUUGAUAAUCGUUAUUGCAUGUAUUCUUAAAAUAGCAAGAUUACAACCCAAACAAGCAAUAAACAUGGUGAGCGGUACUAUGCCUAUAAGAUAUAGUUGAUAAAUACAUUAACAGCCAUAGUUUAUCUUAUGAAAUUAUAGAAAUAUAGCAUAGAAGGAAAAGUACAUAUAUAUAUAUGAGGCUGCCUUCCGCUGGUUCAUAAACUAGUGAAAGGGCUAAUUUCGAAUUCAAACAACAAACGUAUCAGCAAUAUCUUGACUGUUCGGUAAUGCCCCAGGAACCAAGAUUCAAUGCUGAAAACGAGAUUUUUCGUUAUUUUGUUUCUGAAAAGAAAGCCACCCAGACCAUCUUUUAGUAAAUAAGAGAAACACCUGUCGGACAAGUCUUCAGACAAAAAACUAUUGUGCAUAUUAUAUGUAAUGCGAAACACAGACAUGAUGGGAAUAAUUGUAAUAAAAAUCCAACAUUACUACUAAGCUAUCAAUGUCUCACGAAGGUAUCUUUGCAACAAAAUUACUAUAAAGUUCACAAGGAAAUUCACGAUGGUAAUUAAGGUACUACAUAGGAUAUCGGGGACGAGGUUUACCGGUAUCCAGGAGGACUAACAAGAUAACAUUAUACCACAAUUCAUUACAGAAAAAUGAUCAUCUAUUCUGAUACAACCCUGAGAGAGAGGAAAUAUUUAUAUUUAUUUGUUAAUUUUGAUCUCGAUAAAGGCAGCAUAAGGGGCAUAUUCAAGCAGUUUAUCGAAAAUAAAAUUUUGUGAAGGUUUGUAUUCCCGGGUGUAAGGGACGCAAACCGUAAACACUUCGAUUCUUUUAAGUUUUCUUGUAACCACAUAAUCGCAGAAAACAAAAACUGACCGCUUAGAUUUAGGUCAUAUUAUGAUGCAUUUUGCAACAGAACAAAAUAUUAAAUGUGAAAACCUAUUCCAGUGGUGGAGAUCGUGAUCAAGAUAUACAUGUGUUUACAAAACUACUAUCGUUUCCAGAGUCUGUGUAAUAGUGUUUUUCCCAAAUAUCUAACAAACCGGCUUAUGAAUUUCCAUGAAACUACAGCAAUGAAUGUUUCAAACAUUGGCCUAAUUUUGGUGGUACAAUGAAUUGACAGAUGUGCUUAAUUAACCCGUUUACUCUUAGAAAAAAGAGGAACUUCUUCCACUCCUUCAGAGCGUUUCGAAGAAGUGGUACUUAAUCACGUAACUGUGACGCAGAGGUUCCCCCAACCCUCCUUCGGUGUUUAAACCUAUGGCUAUCCUAGUACUCCGCCCCCCCUUUCCUUCUUGCCUUCUUUCAUUCAUUCCCAUUAUUAUUAGGCUACCGAGUAAAUCCCUGUUAGGAAAGACUGUGUACUGCACAUAUAAAAUGAGCCGGAAGAGCAAUAAAAUGUUUUAUGGUGAUAGAUAAUGAUUAGAUGGUUAACACAAAUUAUCGAACAUAAUAGAAGAGGUUUAAAACAGGGGUGUGGAAUCGCACUGAGAGAUAUUCUACUCUGACUCCUACAAAUUUUAGGUUUGCGACUAAAAAAAAAAAAUAAAAUAAAAUAAAAACAUUAGUAGAAAUAGAAAACAAUUUUUUUCCUUGAGAAAGUUUUAUAUUUGCAAUGAUGUUAUUGGGGUAAGACUGGAGCAGGAUUCAGAAAUAAUUUCACCGACUUCGACUCCUACCUCAGAGCCCUUUUAGUACAUCCAAGGUAAUCAUCGGCAGCAGUUGUAGUAGUAGCUCUGAACUAUUUCAUAUAGAUUCGACUUUAGUCAUGGCAAAUAUGUUGCUUUGUCCUCGCCAUUGCAAAACUACAAUUGCGCUGAAACUCUUCACCAUUUACAACAGAGAGAAAGAAAGAAACCGCCUGAAAAUUAGUAUAAAUCGGCCAUGUGAACGAGUUGCUGAUGCUAUGGGGAUGACUCCGAACGCUGUCCGAGUGUUGGUGAGCCGUGGAAAGAAUCCUCAUCCACCUGAAACACCACCUGCAUCAUCAAAUACGUCGCCUCUGGUCUUUGACAACUUCACCGUUGGUUCCAUUAGGAGACAUGUGCACAGCAUGUUUGCUGCUAAGCGAUUUUUCACUAUUGCCACUUUAGCGGAAGAACUUAAAAUGCUAAAUACCAUUCCUGAAGAAACAUCUGAGAAGGUAGUAUGGCGCAUCCUCCAUAACAUGGGUUUCCAGUACAAAACAUCCCAGCGGAAAAUGUACCUAAGGAAAGAAACUUUGGACGUCGUUAUCCGCCGAGUUGAUGCUCUACGAUCCCUCCAGCAACAUCAUGAUGAAGGAAGAGAAGUAGUGUAUGUCGAUGAGACGUGGUUUACGACGAGAAUGCAACAUAGCAAGGAGUGGUGGUUAGACACCUCUCAAUCUGUCACCAGUGCCACCUACAGCCGGCAGGUGCCACCAGGAGAAGGAGAGAGGUUUGUGGUGGUAGCAGGUGGUACAGCUAAAGGUUUUGUAGAAAAUUCAUUUUUAUGCUUCCCUGCGAAAAAUAAAACCGGCGACUACCAUGGAGAAAUUAAUUCAGAGAUGUUUAUUCGGUGGCUAACAUCACAGCUCCUGCCGUCGCUUGAGGAUCCUUCGGUGCUGGUGCUAGACAACGCCCCAUACCAUAGCCAAUUAACAGGAGAUAGCCGAUGCCCAACAACAGCUACAAAUAAGGAGGAUUUGGUUAACUGGCUCAGGUCUCGAAAAAUACAGUAUCCAGCUCACGCAACACGCCCUGAGCUUCUAAAGAUAUGCAGGGGCAACCGGCCGAAACCAGUUUACAUUGUGGAUAAUAUAAUCCGUGAAGUGGUUCGCUUGCCCCCUACCCAUCCUGAGCUCAACGCCAUCGAGCAGGUGUGGGGCUGUAUGAAACGACAGGUGCGCUCCUCGUUGCAGCGGUUUACCCGUGCUGAUCUCUUUGCCAGGCUUGCUGUAACAGGGGAGACGUGGGCUGGCGCUGUCAGGAGAUCAAGAUAUUUUGAAGAUGAUUAAUGGCUUUCAGAUAAUAUUCAAGACAGUAUAGAUCCGGUCAUCAUCAACAUUGAUAGUGACAAGGAAAACGAUCUUUUCCUUGAGAGUGAUGAUGAGUAAAAUGCAUAAGUGUC